UUCUACCGAGACGUGAUGCGGGAGAACUACGAGACACUGGUGUCUGUGGGGACAGCUGAACUGCUUCCCCUCUCUGCUUUCCUGUCACCCAUGGAACCUGGAGGAGCCAUCAGGGGAAGGAGCUGCACUGAUGAGAGGCAGGAACCUGCUGGUGGGGGAGGCCCCCAGGGAGGACAGCCUGGGCACAGCCUGCACCUCACCGCCCUGGUGCAGCUGGUGAAAGAGAUCCCGGAGUUCUUGUUUGGGGAAGUCAAGGGCAUUGUGGACAGCCCCAAGAGUGAGAGCGGGGAAGCCAGCCUGGAUGGAGAGAGAGCAAGCCCCGAAGCUGUGGCAGGGGAGCCUUGCCCUCUCCAAGGCCUGCUCACCUGCGUUCCAGAUGUCCCUGUCAGCCAGCCCAGCCUGGCCACCACACCCGCCAGCAGCUCAUGCUCCAGCGGCCCACCUAGAGAUGGUGGUCAAAGAAGCUCCCUCCUCAUCAACGCUGCUGACAGGACAUGGCUCCCAGGGGAUGAAGGCUCGGGAGCCACAGGUGGAGAGGCCAGCCCUCCCAGCUGUAGCCCCAGCACAAGGAAGAGUCACCGAAGACAAGAGAGAGGAGCUGCAAAAGCAGGAAUCUCUCCUGGGAACAGCCCCUUGCAAGGCCUCAUCAACUGUCUGAAAGAAAUUCUUGUCCCUGGGCCCCAGCCCCCUCAGACAUCCCUAAACUUCCUGCCUCCUCUCCCCGACCUGGGUGCGUCGAAGUUGACCCGAGUAGAUUUGGGGCCUGGAAGCCCACCCUGGGCAGUGAAGACAGAGGCAACAUCAGGGGACUGUCCCCUGCAGGGUCUGCUGAACUGCCUGAAGGAGAUCCCAGAGGCCCAGGACAGGCCCAGCCCUUCAGGAGUCGGGGACCCACGACUGCAGGAGGAUCCAGGGACCUGGAAAAGGAAUCCUGGAGGGCCUGGACAUCUCCUGACCCCGCCCCCCUGCCCUGGUCCUGGAGCAGGUGACAUGCUGUCUGUGAAGAUGGAGGAUACCUGGGCCCAGAGUCCCCCAGUGCCUGCAUCCUGUCAGCCCAGCAGGCAGAUCCUUAGCCCCUUUGUCAACAGAGACACCAGAGGGUUCCCAGGGCCCAGCUGGGGGCCCCAUGCUCAAGCCACCAGUGCCUCGAGCUCACCCCUGGAAGCCCUGGAGGCCUGUCUAAAGGGCAUUCCCCCGAGUGGGUCAUUACCUCCUCAGCUGCCAGCCACCUCUUGGUCCCGGAACCCCCAGCCAGCAGACCACAGAUUCCAGAGGCCUGAGCUGCGGCACCAUGGAUCACACAGUGAAGAGGCGACCAAGGAGCCUCUUCUGCCUCUGGGCCUGCAGGGCUGUGUGAAAGAUGGCCCCACCCGACCCCAAGGUACCCCCACAAGCUUCUCUUCAUCCAGCAGCAUUGAUGGGGACCUGGAUUUCGGGAGCCCUUUGGGGAGCCAGGGGCAGCGACCCCAAAAAGGAAGCCCACCAGGAAGCUCCCCACUCCAAGGUUUAGAGAACUGUCUCAGAGAGAUCCCUGUGCCCAGGCCACAGCCUGCCUUGUCCUGCUCCUCCUCCUCAGCAGCAGACCAAGGACCAAGGAGAGUGGAGCCUGGGACCUGGCCAGCAGACAAGGAAGGGCCAAGAGGUGAAGCUCGUGAGCCCUCCCAUCUCAGACAGGGUGGGAGAGAAAUACCCACCAGGAGCCUCUAUCUGGCCAGCCCCCAGGCCUUCACCUCCAGCUGUGUCCCUGCCUGCCACCAGCAGGGACUCAAAGACCCUGGGAAUACCAGGCCAGGACCAUGGAAGUGGCUCCAAAAUGGGCCAGCCACCAAGCCCUCCCCACUGCACUGUCUGGAGAACUCUCUGCGGGGGAUCCUGCCCGUGAGGCCCUUGCGCUUCACCUGCUUAGCUGGCCCUAGCCCCAACCCCAGCCCUAGCUCCAGUUCAAGCUUCAGCAGCUCUGAAGGAGAAGACCUGAGACUGGAGCCUGAGAUGUGGCGGCCGCUUCUCCAGGAGAGGAACCGCCUUCCCAGCUGCAAGCAUCCUGUUCCUCUGUCCCCAUGCCCUGAUGGGCCUUCCACUGGCAGCAGUGGCAGUAGCCCUGGUGAAGACCCCAGUAAAACAGAGCCCAGCAACUGCAGCAGUCUCUGUGCAGGGGCAGUUGAGGACCCCUGCCCUGCCCCUGGUCUGGAGAGGACACCCAGGCCCAGCAUUGGUGAAACAUCUGGGGGCCUAGAGCCUGGACACGGAAGACCUAGAGUUGCAGCCAGGACCCAUGGGAGGCUGCUCCCCAAGGGCCUGCCUGAGCCACCCAGCAAGUCUCCACCACCAGAGCUUCCCCCGCCAGCAGCUGUGUCUCUCACCGUGCCAACCACCUCCCUGAAGCCACCGUGCCCCUGUGGGAAGCCCCUGCAGCAGGAGCUGCACAGCCUUGGUGCUGCCCUGGCGGAGAAGCUGGACCAGCUUGCCACGGCCCUGGCAGGCCUGGCUCAGGAAGUGGCCACUAUGAGGACCCAGGUGAAUAGGCUGGGUAGGCAUCCUCGAGGCCCUAGGCCAAAGAGCCCAGCUUCCUGGACAUAUACCCUUCCACGGAGACCUCACUGGGCUAACGGCUCUGGUCACAGACACCUGCCUUACUGGAGACAGAAGGGCCCCCCCAGGCCUAAACCAAAGAUCCUGCGGGGCCCUGUGGAAGGCUGUAGGGCUGGUGACUUCCCAGGACUCUCCCGAGGAAGGGGCCACCUGGUGCCUCUGCUGCCUCCAGAUGUUCCCCCGACAGAACCUUCCCAGCAACCUCUCUCCUCAGCACCCAGCUGCCAUGCUGUGCUGACUACACACCUACCCCUCGGACACACUGGGGGCCACCAGAACCCCCUUCCCCCUUUAAUGCCUGCUGCCUUACCCCCCCAAAUGGCCUCAUCUCCUGUAGCCAGUAGGAAUGCAGAACUGCCAGCUGCAGAAGUGGCACCAGCUGGAACCACAGGCCAGCCCAAGGAGCCGAACAGCCUGUUGGGGGGAGUCCAGAGAGCCCUCCAGGAGGAACUCUGGGGUGGGGAACACAGGGACCCGAGGUGGGGGACCCAUUAA